CACAGGUUUAUGGAAGUCAAUAGAAGUGGAGUUCAAUGUUUACUAUACAAAGAGGAUGUUAAAAUAUAACUUUUUAGCAAAUAAUGGCUAGUGAGGGGCCACGAAGAAAUGGUCCCAUGAAAAUACGAUUAACAGUAUUGUGUGCAAAAAAUCUGGGCAAGAAGGAUUUCUUCAGACUUCCAGAUCCUUUUGCGAAGAUUAGUGUUGAUGGUUCAGGACAAUGUCAUUCCACAGACACUUGCAAGAACACUCUUGAUCCAAAAUGGAACCAGCACUACGACUUAUACAUCGGACACAAGGACUCUGUGACGAUCAGUGUGUGGAACCACAAAAAGAUCCACAAAAAGCAGGGUGCUGGAUUUCUAGGAUGUGUCCGUAUUAUGUCCAAUGCUGUACAUCAGCUCAAAGAUACGGGAUUUCAGCGUCUUGACCUUCAGCGGCAGAGUUCUGAUGACACGGAGACAGUACGGGGUCAAAUUGUCAUCAGUCUCAUAUCCCGUGACCGGGGAGGAUCGGGCCCACAGAAUACAGAGGCGACUGUGAUACCGUCUUCUAUACCCUAUGAUCCUAAUGAACUUCCUGAAGGGUGGGAGGAACGGCAUUCUGCUAAUGGAAGAAUUCAUUACGUCAAUCACUUAACACGGACAACACAGUGGGAGAGACCAACAAGGCCUGCCACCGAAGUUAGACGUCCAGUGAGCGUAGUGAAUCCGGAAACUGACGCCGCUGUUCCAAACGGUGUGCGCACUCCCACCAGUGCUAACAGUCCGAACUCGUCGUCCAGUACAACCACCUCACCUGAUGACAGCAAUAACAACUCCAGCACAAACAUCCUGUUUGUGCGACGCCGGUCGACGCGACAUCGCAACUACCUGAGCCGCGACCAGUUACACAACGCUGUCUCACUACCCGAUGGCUAUGAACAAAGAACAACACAGCAGGGCCAAGUUUACUUCUUGCACACGAGGACCGGGGUCAGUACGUGGCAUGAUCCUCGAGUACCAAGGGAUAUUUGCAACUUGAAUCUUGGGGAUGAAGACCUCGGCCCGAUGCUGCAGGGAUGGGAACUGAGGCGGACCGGGAAUGGCCGAGUGUAUUUUGUGGACCACAGGAAUCGCACAACCCAGUUUACAGACCCCAGGCUGUCGGCUAACAUCCGAGUGAUACAAGAAAAAAUAAAAGCACAAGACAAAGAAAAUGAUAUUCCUUUGCCAAAAUAUAAGCGGGAUUUAGUACAAAAAAUGAAACUUUUAAAGCAGGAAUUUGGAGCUUUACAACCACAGGCUGGUCACUGUAGGUUGGAAGUGUCAAGGGAACAGAUCUUCGAAGAUUCAUACCGUCAAUGUAUGAAAAUGAGAUCUAAAGAUCUGCGUAAAAGGCUCAUGAUCAAGUUCCGUGGAGAAGAAGGUCUAGAUUAUGGUGGAGUGGCUAGGGAAUGGUUUUACCUGUUGUCUCAUGAAAUGUUUAAUCCCUACUACGGGCUAUUCCAAUACUCCCGAGAUGAUAUCUACACCUUACAAAUCAAUCCGGAUUCUAGUGUUAAUCCAGAACAUUUAUCGUACUUCCAUUUCAUCGGCCGUGUCAUCAGCAUGGCAAUCUUCCAUGGCCACUACCUGGAUGGUGGCUUUACCAUGGCCUUCUACAAGCAGCUUCUUAGCAAGCCGGUCACGCUGGAUGACCUGGAGAGUGUCGAUCCAGAGCUUCACAGGAGUCUGGUGUGGAUGCUAGAAAAUGAUAUUGAAGAGGUUUUGGAGCAUUCAUUUUCUGUGGAACACAGCUCCUUCGGCCAAGUUCAAGAGAUAGAGCUGAAACCAGGAGGCAAAGAUAUGUGUGUCACGGAGGAAAAUAAAAAGGAAUAUGUAACACUCUACGUGCAGUGGCGGUUUAUGCGUGGAAUUGAAGCUCAGUUUCUUGCACUGCAAAAGGGAUUCAAUGAAAUCAUUCCACCACAUCUACUUAAAUCAUUUGAUGAAAGAGAGCUCGAACUGAUGAUAGGUGGUUUGGGAAAGAUCGAUAUAGAGGACUGGAAAAAGCACACACGGCUCAAACACUGUACCCCGGAGAGCAACAUCACCAAGUGGUUCUGGAGAGCUGUCGGCAACUACGAUGAUGAAAUGAGAGCGAGGCUGUUGCAGUUUGUUACAGGAAGCUCGCGCGUUCCACUCCAGGGAUUCAAAGCCCUUCAAGGUUCUACUGGUGCUGCUGGUCCAAGGCUGUUCACUAUUCAUCAAGUUGAUAUCUGUACGGACAAUCUUCCCAAGGCUCACACCUGCUUCAACAGGAUCGACAUCCCUCCAUACGAACAUUUUGAAAAGUUUCUCAGUAAAUUAACGUGUGCUGUGGAAGAGACUUGUGGAUUUGCUGUUGAAUGAGCAGCGCCAUCAAACGCGUGUUGUCGCCUGUAUGUUCUAGCUUGACUCCAAAUAAUGGCUGAUGUUCCAAUGGAGCCGCAUAUUCAUGGGGUGAAGAUUAAUACAGCUUUCAUGUGUGUCUGUGCUCAAAAUGGCAUAACUGAGAUGGACGUUUCUCUACAACAAAUCUCUCAUGUUCACCGUUACGAUUCACAAGACUUGAGAUUGCUCUUGGCUACUUUGUUCAGGAGUAACAACCAUUCGUAAUGCAAGAUGUGGACGAAGUCGAAUUCACGGAACUGCAUAUUUUUAAUACGAUGAUCAUAUUAUUGUCUUGAUAAAGAAAUUCUAUUCUUUAAUCCGAAUGGAUUUGAUUUCUUCUCAUUGACAAGUUGUUAAUAAAUUAUGAAUAUUUAAUUAGCAUAAGACAGAGUUCUUUAAUUGACCUGGUAGUUAACAUGGCAUUAAAACAAAAGCAUUUAAUUUUUUUUUUUUAAUUGAUUUUGAUUCAAAUGUACUGUGUACAAGUUAUGAUUUUGUACAACAUUGUAGCAAAUGGAUGUCCAAAUGUGGUUUUUAAUGUAUGUUUAGAGGCUGAAGUAAAACAAGUACACUGUGGAUGAAUCUUAUAAACAACAUUAUUAAAAAAAAGGCUUUGUCUUGUGCAGAUGCAAACUUUAAUGUGCUAGUGGUUUAAUGGUUCAGGUUGUAAGCAAUUGGGUGUUAUUGGGAAACAGUUAUUGUGCUUACAGAUAAAAGUAAAACAACGUGUGUAUUUAAAUGUGGUGUUCCAAAUCUGCUGGAAUUUCAUCAUCGAUCAUCGGUUAUAAUCGGUUUACACUAACCGAUCAAAUUUUGAUUACACAGUCAGAAUUGUAUGAACAUAAGAAUACCUUUCUUCAUAAUGUUCACAUGAAAACAAACACCAACAUAAUUACAUCAGUUCCAUCUUCUAAAAUGGAGGAACAGUUAGUUAACAUUUUCUGGGACAGUCGAUUGUGGCGUCAUUGGAACAUCACUACUUAAAUGUUCAGGCAUUUAACUGUGUUGCCUGGACUAUGUUAUAAAAUAAAAUAAUAAUUUAAAAUUAUAGGGAGGAAAGCUGCUGCCACUACACUGAAUACUACAGCUAGCAACUAAAUUAUCUUUAAUGUGUGUUUUCCAAAUACAAGAUAGCACAUGCCAUUGCCUUUUAUAGUAACAAAAUUAACUAGGAGCUAUUCUAUAAAUAAAUGUAUUUGGCUUCUAGUCCUAUCUCCCCAAUGAUUGGAUUAAAAAUAUCAUUCCACUCUUUGUCUAUCCCAUUCAUAAUUCUUGCUAGACAUUUAUUUGUAGAGUAAUCCUUGUAGAUAGUAUACAAGUGGUGACAAAACAGUGUUGCUAAGUUUUGUACAUUUUGCAGUUGGCGUUCGUGUUGUACAAAAUCAUAACUUUUACCUGUGUAAUACAGACUGUUUUCAAAAUGUGUAUGUAUGACCAGCAUACAUUUGGUACUAUACCACACAGUCAUGAUCAACAACACUUUUUUUCUUUCAUUUGUAAAUGGUUUCAAUAAUAUUUGAUAUAGAAAUCAACUAUUUUUAAUCUCAUUUGUAUUGUAUUUUAUCCCUUUGACAACCAUAAUUGUCAUCAAAUGAUCUGAAAGUGAUGGUACACAAUAAAAGAAAUUGCUUCAACAUGUGGGUCUCACAGAAAAUGUGUAACAUUGAUAAGAUUUCCAAUUUUGUAAGACCUACAUUCAGUACAUCUCUGUGUCCUUUCAAAAACAUUAAUUUUGUAUGGUUUUUUACAUUCCUUAUGUAGAAACAAAAUCAGCAGUUUUGUCCUUUUUGUUUUCAUCAUCAGUCUUCAUAAUUAAGUAUCAUUAUCUCACAAUGAUGUGAGAAGAAGUUAAAAAAAAGAGAAGAGAAAAAGAUUUACAUGUGUGUUUAUACUUUAUAAACCCUAACAUGCAAGUAAAGAUAAUGUGAGAAGAAGGGAAACUGAGAGAAGAGAAAAAGACAUACAUGUGUGUUUAUAUUUUAUAAACCCUAACAUGCAAGUAAAGAUAUUGUGAGAAGAAGGGAAAAUAAUAGAAGAGAAAAAGACGCAUACAUGUGUGUUUGUAACUUAUAAACCAUAACAUGUAAGCAAAGAUACUGAUUUGAUUAACAGUAAGUGAAUCGAUGCACUAACGUGCUGUAAUACAACUGAUGUGUGUUGAUUUACUAUGAAUGCCAAGACUUAUUAAACAGUAAUCUUCCACCCGAAGUUGUCGAUCAGGUUGUGUGAUUGUUUGACGUUUGAUAUAUAAAAGUGUACCUGUGUUUUACAAUGCAAAAAAACCAACCUUUGGAUGAAUGUGCAUUUGAAAUUGAUCAAUCCAUAAGUAUUUUCAUGGUGUGUAAAUGUUCCAUUCUAUAUCUUGAGUGUAUACUUACCUACUUUGUAUUUAUACAGCAGUUAAGUUAGACAUCGAACCAGUUUUAAUCUGUUUUUAGUAGUUUAGUGUCUGUAUUAAAAUAUCUGUAAAGUUUCCCUAGUACACGACUUUCCUCAGAACUAGAGAUGGUGAGUGAAGUGUUCACUCGAUAGAAAAAGACAUUUCACUAAAACCGCCAUGACUUGGAUUUUACGAGAGCAAAAGAAAAGAUGUCCGGACCAUAACAGCGAAGAAGAAAAAAAAAAAGAAGCUUCAAUCACAUGACCGGAACAGGAAGCAGAAAAAGAUUUUGAGCCAUCCCAUUAGCUGUUAGGAUAAUCCGACCUGGGUUAAAAACCUACAAAACUUGAAGACAAGACUCCAGUUCUUGAUAACGACCAGCAUUCUGUUAAAUAUACGGUCAACAACACACACAGUCCCAGUGGCAGUGAUCGAUUUAUAUAUUCUUAUUAUUGGUAAAUCACAUGUACAUACCAUUAUUCCAAAUACAAAAACUCUUGAUUUGAAGAUGUAACUGCUAUAUUAUAAUUACAUUUUACCAGCCUUUAAACCACCAAUGGCAAACACCAUGUAUACUAACAUACAAAAGGAGUGUUUUAAAUUAUUUUUAGCAUAUAUGUAUAUGUAUGAAGGGUCCACGGGAAUAACCUGUCAUGUCACAUUUUUAGUAAGGUGGUAUUUUUAAAUUUUAACAUUUACAACUCUGCAAUCGUGGAAUAUUUAUGCCUAAGAAAGCAUAAUUUACCAACUACUUUUAAUGACCUACCAUAAUUAUAGAUUUUUAAUACUGACCAUCUGUUUUGGCUUAUCUCAUGGAUGUAACGUUGGACUUGAAACCGAGAAUGAAAAGAAGAUAUGGACAUUGAAGUAACUUCAAGUCUUAGUGUCUGAGGAAAGUCAUGCAUUCAAAACGGUAUCUCUAUAUAAAUCUGUUGUACGAUAUAACUCUACUCUGUACAUUAGUGUAGAUGAUGGUGAAUUUAAUAUUGGCAGUAUAUUUGAGUGCAUUGAAGCAGUUUUCUUUACAUAGCUGUAUUUUCCACAAUUGUCGCUCAAAGACAUCUUGUAUAUAUAUACACACACACAGAUACUCAUUUCAUAGACUGCAGUUGGUUGGUAUUUCUUUUCCCAUCUUUUUAAUUUCUUGACAUACCGGUUUGAGGAUUCAGUUGCAGAGUUUUGUUGCCACUGGUUAUCUUUCCUCAACAAGACUUCUGAAUUUGUUGCCAUUAUAAGAUAUUUCUGAAUAACAGAGACGGUAUAAUGACAUAUAAAAUAUAUAGACAAUAACUUACGAGUUACGAUUAUCUGUCCUGAGUGAAAUUAAUGUUGUCAAUCGCGAGCUUUAGCGAGUGACUGACAACAUAAAUUUCACGAGGGACAGAUUAUCUGUAAUUCCGAGUAUCCAGUGGGUCAUUGUAUUUAUUACCCAUAGUAUAAAUAGUUUAGAAACUUAAACUUUAAACUUCUUACAUGACACAAACUAUAUAAUAUACAAGACGUGAAAGUCUGAGGAAACUGAUCACGUCACAAAAGAAAAGCAACGAGAGACUUGACAGUCAAGGAAACUGAUGGCGUCACCAAACUAGCGUCAUGACGUCAGCGGGGAAAGAUAGCUUCUAUCUUUCCCUAGAGAAAGAUAGAAAAUAUAUUCACCCGCAUCUCACUGUCCAUAUGUGUAAUACAUUUUUUAAAAUGUCAAUGUCUGUACAUCCUUUGUGUUUCUGGUCGUGCUAAUGUUUAUGCUAACUUAAACGUAAUUAUAUUUCCUAAUACAUAGUUUUUAAUUAGGUACAAAGUUUACUUUUAGGGCAACUACAAACAUUAGGAUAACCAAAAACAGUGUAUGUACAGACACUGAUAUUCUAAACAAGAAAAUGUAUUCAUUAUGUAAUUUUAGACAUAAAAAAGUUCUGUUAGAAACAUUUCAAAAUGGCAGAAAACUAAGUAUAUUGUCUUUAACCUUAUUUUAUUUAUCUUUUGCCUUUGUUUAAUUUUUUUUAACUUAAAAUUGUAAUUUAUUGUUGUCUGUUUUUAUUUGUCUUAUGUACAAGCAUAAAAUUGCUAUUUUUGAAAUCCAGUGUUGAAGAGUUUUUGUAAAAAUGUUUUUAUACAGUUUGAGGUGAUUGCUAUACUGGUUGUCAUAGCAGAAGUCAUGUAAUAAAUUCUGUAACACGUGAACAAAGAAAAUAAAUAUGCAAAUAAA